AUGAAAAAGUUCUUUUCUUCAAUUAAAAAUGCUACAACUCAAUUUGCGAAAGGCCUUUUUACUUCAAAUGAAGGAGCUUAAUAAUAAGAAAUGACUCCUGAAGAAUAAACAUAGCAAUUUGAUGAUUAUAUUAAAAGUUAUUUAGAUUCUGAUAAGGACUUAAAAGCAAAAAUUUUGACCAAUCGGUUAUACUUUAAUACAGCAGUGCUUGACUUGUCCUGGAAAAAAAUAUUAGACAUCAAAAAUUUAUACGCCAAUGAAAGAAGAAUCAAUUUCUAGCCAAAAUUAGUCAUUUUAGAAUAAUAACAUUGGGAAAGAACUGUGAUUCAAGUUGCGGAAUUAAUUUAGUCUUACUAUGAUAUCCAAAUUUAUUAUGACAAAUAUGAAUUAGUGAAAAUGAUCAAACAAAAGGUAUUGGAGGAAUAAUGUAUCAAGAUUUUAUUUAGCAAAGAAGAAAUGAAAGAUUAUUUUCAAUUUUAUGAAUAAUCAGAAAUCUUACUAACUUAGUUGAAGCAAUAAUUUCCUCAACUUACCUUCGAAUAUUCUCAGUGUUAGAUAAAGGAAAUUUAAAAGCAAUAUUUAAUUGAUAAAGCCUUUGAAUUGUUUAAAUUUGACGAUUGUGAUGAAUUCAAGGGAAUUAAAUUAUUUCAUGAUGAUCAAGAAGUCUUGCAAUGGUUUAAGAGAAAACAAGCAGUUUCCCCUUGA